GUUGCGUUUUUGUCUGUUCCUGUCUCUCUCUCUUCCCUUCCCGCCAAGUGUGCUGUCCAGACUAUAUUGCUCAGACGUCUCUCUUCGACGUCGUCCGUUCUUUCUCUCCCCAGCCGUACCAGUCUACGCUCGCGUCCACUCCUUUACGCGAAAAGCACGCUCGCUUUCGUCGCUCUCUUCCCUCGCACAGUCAUUACAGAGACUCGAUCUGGGAUCGUCCAUACCUCGCAUCAGUCCAGCCACUCCUUCUCAGAAGUCGAACUUCUCAAACCACACACGAGUCAAACUCAACACAUAGAAAAACAAAGACAGACAAGAUGCAUUUCGCAAUCAACACCUUGGUGCUGGCCACCCUUGCAGCUAGCCAAGCAUAUGCUGCAUCCAUCAGCCACCAGCACUCGGCCUUCCACAGCCACGCACGCAAGCACAACCAUGUCGAGCAGAAACGUGCCACAGCCUUGACCGAUAGUGACGCCAGCAAGCUCUCCGCCCUCGGUAUUGCAAGCUUGGGUGUCAACUCUGCCGUCUCCAACGGACAAGCCUGGUUGGCUGAGGACGGUCCUUACAAGGCCAACAUGCAAAACAAUGCCGGCGAAGACAUCGUGCUCGUCUGCUGGGGCGUUGCAGGCUCUUGGAUCAAUGCCGUCCAGCCUACCAUCACCGCAUCGAUCGCCGCUGGCUCUUCGCUCACCGUGUCCUUCGCCGACGGCGCAUCCGGCGCUUGCACGGCUAUUUACGGCGACACGAAGCUCGUCAAUGGCCAAGCCUCGAACACAUGGAUGGAGUUCACCUUUGGCGACUACGGUGUCGUCGAUGUCAGCCGUGAAGUCAACAUGAACGGACACAGCCUCAGCGUCGUUGGGCCAAGUUGCACCACGGACAUGGAUACUUGCGUGUUCGUCUGCCCCUCCAGCGACGUCUGCACGACCGGAUAUGAGCUCCAGAACUGCGCCAACGGAUCGCAGCCCGGUGCCAACUUUGGCACAUACGCGGGUGCGCCCUCCGGUGGCUGUGGUGGUAUGGGCUCCAGCGCCACGCUCGCCGUGACUUGGUCAUAAAGUUGGUGGAUGGCGAAUCCGCUGCAUAUUGGGUCCAAUACUACGACUAUGCAUCAAGGCAAAGAAGUUGUUUGCAUCACUUUAACGACCAAUGAUUGUCAUCUAGGGGGAUCUACAGCACUGACACCAAGACAUCGACAUAGUGCUAUUGUGCAAUUUGCCAUUUGGCCACCUUCUUGACCAUUUCGUUUGUCAUAGUUGCAGAUGUGUUGGGGCACGUUCUUGUCUUCCCAACAGGAGCGCGUCCCAGGGGUUUUGAAUACUAUACCUUGAAAAAUAA